UUUCUCGAUUGGUGAUACUGCGUGCUUAUCUUUAAACAGCAGACCGGCUAUCCCUGAACCACUGUCAAGAUGGUCAAGGAAGAUAAGACAACAUGGAAGUCCAACUACUUCCUCAAAAUCGCUCAACUGUUAGAUGAAUAUCCAAAGUGCUUCAUCGUUAACGCCGACAAUGUGGGAUCUAAACAGAUGCAACAGAUUCGUCAGGCCCUCCGAGGCAAAGCAAUUAUUCUUAUGGGCAAGAACACUAUGAUGAGGAAAGCUAUCCGAGGCCAACUGGAUAAAAACCCAGACUUGGAAAGACUGCUUAGUUCCAUUCGAUUCAAUGUUGGUAUGGUCUUCCUGAAGGGAGAUCUUGUAGAAGUUCGUGACAUCCUCCUAGAUAACAAGGUACAAGCUCCAGCCCGUGCCGGAGCAUAUGCCCCACUUGAUGUCAACGUCCCAGCACAAGCUACCACCCUUGGUCCAGAAAAGACCUCUUUCUUCCAGGCUUUGCAGAUCCCAACCAAGAUUACAAAGGGGUGCAUUGAAAUCCUUAAUGAAGUGAACUUGAUCAAGGAAGGUGGUCGUGUAGGAUCUUCAGAGUCAACACUCUUGAACAUGUUGAACAUCUCGCCCUUCUCGUACGGUUUGGUCAUCGAGCAAGUGUAUGACUCAGGCACCCUUUUCAGUCCCGACAUCCUUGACAUCACCGAUGAUGACCUACGUUCCAAGUUUAUGAUGGGAGUGACGAAAAUUGCAGCGCUUUCCCUGGCAAUUGGCUACCCAACAGCAGCCUCUGCCCCACACAGCUUGGUAAAUGGCUUCAAGCGUCUGUUGGCCAUCUCCGUUGAGACUGAUUACACAUUCAAAGAGGCUGAGAGGACCAAGGAGUACCUUGCUGACCCCUCCAAGUUUGCUGCUGCAGCUCCAGUUGCCGCAGCUGCUCCAGCAGGUACUAGCAAAAAGGAAGUGGCCAAAGUGGAGUCUGAGGAAGAAUCUGACGAUGACAUGGGAUUCGGGCUCUUCGACUAAAGCCUUCAAUCACACACUACAAGUUCUUUUGGAAAUGCUGAGAACUAAGAAAAAUGAAUUUCUAUUCAUGAAACAAAAUUAUCUGUUCAAAAUGUUCACACAUGUCGGGAGUUAAUAUUUUGAGCUCGUGCUGAGAGAAAAAAAAGAAAUAUACUCGCCGACGUGUCCUUGAUGCUUCAAUAUGGCGUAGGAUUUCAACAUUUCAUCUAUUAAAAUGAUUCAGCAAGUUA